UAAUACUCUCUCUCUCUCUCUCUCUCUCUCUCUCUGUUUUUCUCUGCGUAUCGUCCAUUGAACGCGUGGAGUGCGACACUGUCCGAGACAGUGGGCUGAAUCGAUUGACCAAGAAGCCUGUGGGACUCCGUCUCUUGCUUCAGAGUUCCCCCCAUCCUUUUGCUGAACGUUUAGGUCUUUGAGAGAGAGAGAGGGAGAGAGAGAUGGAUACUCAUGGCAAAUCAAGAAAGGCGAUGAUCACUGUGCUCUACUGGGUCUUGGUGUCCGCCACUCUUCAAGGCUGUUUCGCCGAUAUUCCGCACUUCUGGAAGAAGUCCGCCUCUCGCUUUGGCUCCUCCUUCGUCCUUCCCGUCUCCGGAAAUGUUUACCCUCUUGGGUACUAUUCGGUGUCCCUCAGCAUUGGUCGCCCACCGAAGGCUUUUGACCUGGACAUUGACACUGGCAGCGACCUAACUUGGGUUCAGUGUGAUGCUCCUUGUACUGGGUGCACCAAGCCUCGUGACAGUCUUUACAAGCCUAAUAACAACCUCGUGCACUGUGAAAACCCUGUCUGUGCUGCCGUACGUACAUCUGGAAACCAACCAUGUAAGACCCCCAACGAUCAAUGUGAUUAUGAGGUGGAAUAUGCAGAUCAAGGUUCAUCUCUUGGUGUGCUCGUCAAUGACUAUUUCUCCCUAAAAUCAACGAACGGAUCUCUCCUCAUUCCUCAUUUGGCCUUUGGAUGCGGGUAUGAUCAACAUUUUCCCGGUCCCAUAUCUCCUCCUCCUACCGCCGGUGUACUUGGCCUCGGCAAUGGCAAAGCUAGCAUCCUUUCUCAAUUAAGUAGCCUCAGUGUGAUACGCAACGUACUAGGUCACUGUCUAAGUGCUCGAGGUGGAGGCUUCCUCUUCUUUGGAGAUGAUCUCGUCCCUUCUUCGAAAAUUGCUUGGGUACCAAUGUUGGCUAGUUCAUCGGACAAGCACUAUGCAGCAGGACCUGCGGAACUCUUAUACAAUGGUAAACCUACUGGUGUAAAGGGUCUUCAAGUGGUUUUUGACAGUGGGAGUUCCUACACUUAUUUAAAUUCUAAGGCUUAUCAAGCUGUUCUCAAUCAGGUAAGGGCAGAUUUAAAUGGAAAGCCUCUAAAAGAUGCAGAUGAGGAUAAGUCUCUUCCGAUAUGCUGGAAGGGAGCAAAACCUUUCAAGUCUGUGAAUGAGGUCAAGAACCUCUUUAAGCCUUUAACAUUGAGCUUUAUGAAAGGAAAUGCCCAACUUCAGUUGCUGCCAGAGGCUUAUCUCAUUGUCACGAAACUCGGUAAUGCGUGCUUGGGAAUUUUGAACGGCAGGGAGGUGAGACUAGGAGAGCUCAAUGUAAUAGGAGACAUUUCCAUGCAAGAUAAAAUGGUGAUAUACGAUAAUGAGAAGAAGCAGAUUGGAUGGGUCUUGGCAAACUGUGACAGGCUUCCGAAUGUGGAUCGUGAUUAUAAUGGUGAUUUUUCUGAGCCUUAUGCAGCUGAUUUUGGCAUGUUGAGUCCAGCUACUCGCUUCCUCUGAAGUGCAAAUCUUUGGCUGAUCAAGAAUGUGUUUAGGUAUAAGAAGAGAGAGAGAGAGAGAGAGAGAGAGAGAGAGAGAGAGAGAGAGAGAUCCUUUGAAUGUUGCAGACUGUACAUGUAAUUUCUUUUUUUGCAAGGAUAGUAGGGAUUACAAAGAUUAUAUCACUUUGCCUGGUCCGCAGAUGUAAUUGCCAUAAGCCCUAUAUCAGCAGGGGCAGUACAUGCAUUUCGUUACAGAAAAGCUCAGAACUUUAUGUCACAA